CUGGUACGGAGCCAGCUGCACCCAACAAAGGCAACAAGUCUUCUCCCGUGCGUUUCCCCUCCCAUCCUCUCCCCGGCGGCGACGAAAGAGCGCGCGCCCCCUCUUCCUUCCCGUCUCCCCGGUCCUUUCGCCGCCCCCCAUCGAGCGCCGUCCGCGGACCGAGGGUGCCUCCGCGCCUAGUUCCGCCGGCGCGGACCGCGCCGCCUGCUCGCCCCACCGCGAAGGGGUUCGUCUCUCGCGGCGGCCGCCGCCGCCGUCGUCCUACUCCUCGGCGCUCGUGGACGGGCGCGGGGAGGGGAUCCGUCCGGGCUUGGAUCGGCUUCUUCCCCACCUGUCAGUUGUUGAACUUGGAGUUAGACAAUGGAUCUGGAGACAGAGAAUCGUCUUGCCUCUUUACUACUUGAAGAGGCACGUAGAUUACAGGCUGAGGCUGACAGGGAAGGUGUUCAUGCAUAUCUGCGAAAGCCUAAUGUAAGGCAUCGCCCAAACUCACGGUUCCUCACAGCCACAGUUCGUGGAGUUCAGCAAGCAAACCGUGUUGUGGAGGUCAAUGAAAUGUGGCAUGCUAGGGAAAAGGAACUGGAGUUGGAGUCAAAGAUGAAAGGCAGAAGUAAAGAUCGUGAUGAUUAUAGAGGCGAGAAGCGGAAAAGUGAAUUGAGAAACCAUAGCUCUAGCUCAAGGGUUCAACAAGAAGGGACUACUUAUAACAUUUCUUACUCAGACCAGGAGGAUGGUCUCAGGGAUGAUGAAAUUGAAAGAUUUCUUCAUUCUAGGGUGAAGCGAGGGCGUGGGGCCAUUGGUUCUCGGAUGGAUGAGCCUGGUCCAUACCUUGAUUCGUCGUCUCGUGGUCAUGAUAUUGGACCUAGUGCUGAUAUACGUAUGGAAGAAAAAUGGGAACGUCGAGUACAAGGCCCAGAGAAGCCUUCAUUUUUGAGAUCCAAGUCUCCUGACGAUCAUUGGUGUAAGGAAAUGUUGGAUGGAAGGGGAUCGAGCUCUGAACCACAGAGCAAGAAGGAAAAGAAAAGGAAGUCUGGGAAAAAAGAGAAGCGAGAUAAAAAGAAAGAAAAGGAUGCGAAGAAGUCCAAGCAUCGCCAUCACAAAAGCCGAAGAAGGGAGUGAACGAGUGAUGUUCUGUUAGCGGGCAGAAAAAUGUACACAACAGUUCUGCCCCAAAAGUAACAGCUAGCUGAUAGUUUGCUGUAACUUGAAGCCUGUACUGUAUAGGAAACAUGACAUCGUGUAGAAUGGAUUACGUGUUCUUAGAAUACUGUGUUGUUGCGGUUUUAAUAUCUGAAAGAACUGUCUUGUUAUUUUUUCUUUUCCAUGUUGCA